UGGUCUGGCAAUACCACUGCUGUUUCUGUAGUCCGAACCCUGAGUGAGACCUUCUGCUAACUUCACAUCCAGGAUAUAACAUAUUUAUUUUUCAGUUUGGUUUCUCAGAAAACGAAGGAAAAUCAGAGAAGAAAAGAAAAAUAAUAAGCCGUGGUCAUAGUCUUUGGGUUCUCUCUUAGAAGUAGUUGGCAGUAUUUGAGGAGCCAUGGCUGCUUUCAGGCCUCGGAUAGGCAGUUUUUCUCGCAACGUUUCUGCUUCAUCAUCGUCUCUGACACCUGGACUUAAGCAUGGUCCAAACGGCACAACAUUCAUCUCAUCCGGCGUACCGGACCUUGAUAAGAUUUUAGGUGGUGGGUUUUCUUUGGGAAGUCUAGUCAUGGUGAUUGAAGAUGCAGAGGCACCUCAUCAUUUGCUUUUGCUGAGGAAUUUCAUGUCUCAAGGACUUGUUCAUAACCAACCUCUUCUCUAUGCUAGUCCAUCUAAGGACCCUAGAGGAUUUUUGGGUACUUUACCUAGUGCCGGAUCAUCUAAGGAUGAAAAAUCUUCUAAGCGAGAUUCUGAUGAGGAGAAGGGAUUGAGAAUAGCUUGGCAAUACAAAAAGUAUUUUGAUGAAAAUCAUCAGAGUUUAGAUAGUAAUAGAGAUAGUAAGAAAGAGUUCUGCAAUGACUUUGACCUGCGGAAGCCCUUGGAGAGGCAAUUUCUGAUCGGCAAGCAGAUAGAUUGUGUUAGCACUCAAGAUUCUCAAAAUCUAGUUGCACUUCAUGAUCGUUGUGCAGCAUUUUUGUCUCAAUUUUCAAGGAACGAAAGCAGUGUUUCCGUUGCUGGUCGUAUCGCUAUUCAGUCACUUUGUGCUCCACAAUUUGUACACUCCGACAUGGAAUGGGACAUGCUUUCCUUUCUUAGAUCUUUGAAGGGCAUGGUGCGGUCUUCAAAUGCAGUUGCCUUGGUCACCUUCCCAUCAACCCUUCUUUCACUAUCAACCUCCAAAAGAUGGCAGCACAUGGCUGACACCUUGCUUUCUGUCAAAGCAAUUCCAGAUGAAGAUAAGGACUUGGCUAAGCUUCUCACUGGUUACCAAGACAUGAUUGGCCUUCUUAACGUGCACAAAGUAGCUCGUAUUAAUACACAGUUUCCUGUGAUUCUUGAGGCAACAACAUUCUCAAUAAAGUUGCAGAAGCGGAGGUUUUUGGUUUUGGAAUGUCUAAAUCAAGCCCCUAUUGAUGGUUCAAGUGGGAGUUCUUACAGCACAUCUGGCAGUUGUUCUGGAUCUUCUAGAACUGGAACUCUUGAUUUCUAGAUUCUAGGUUAACGCUAAUGAAGAUAUCUUAGAAAUAACUAUUGAAAUUGAGAGUUUUUAAAUCUUUAAGAAUUAGUCGUUAGUUCUAGAAUCAGUAUGUGCUGCUAUGUUCCUUCAAGCUUUUCCCUUUCAUUUAGACUUUAAUU